AUACACUAACAUAUUUGAUUUAUGCAUUCAUUUUUAAUAUAAACUUUAAUUAAAUACAUUUUUAUUAAAUAAAAGUGACAGUAUUUGAUAAUAAUAAAGGUGCAAAAAAAUAAUUUAAUACAUUGAAAAUAAUAUAAAAAUAUGUAUUGUUUUAAAUACUAUUUUACAAUAGUUUUAUGUGUCAAUUAUUAUGCCUGUUAUCGUGAAUAUGAUGGAGGCUAUGGAAAUGGAGGUUAUGGUAGUGGGAAUGGUCACGGAGGCUACGGUUCUCACCGAUCACACCCUCAUUAUGGCAGACAUGGAUACGGAAACAGAAGAGAGUUUAACGGUUUUGAUGACCAGAGAGAUCGUGGUAUUAGUAUGUAUUCGGGACAAAGCGGCCAAAACUCACUGAAUCCCCGAGCAAUUGCCAAUAGUAUUGAAAAAGCAGAGAUAGCGCUAAGCAACGCAGGAAAGGCUAUCAUUGCAAAUGCGAGAUCUGAUGAUGGCUUGAAUUCAGCCAUUAAUAAGGCACAAGAAUUACACGAAAAGUUCAUACAAUUCUUGAAAGAAAAACUUAGUUUUUUCUAUAAUAGUCUGGGAAGUGAUGGCAAACGAAAAUUUGAUGAAUCACUUGAAUUAAUAAAAAAUAGAUUUCAAAUUGGAUUUCAAAAAGCAAAUGAAUGGAUCCAACAAAUCAAAAAUAAAAUCCAUCAGUUGGGUAAAGAAGGCGGCAUUUCAUCCUAUAAUAACUUAGAUUAUAGAGGUAUAGAUCAUAACCGACAUCGUGGAGGAUAUGGUAAUGAAUAUGAAACACCACUUGGUUCUCAUGGCGGUUAUAGAGGUCAAAGAGGUCAAAGAGGUCAUAGAGGCUAUCCAGGUCAAAGACGGCAAAGUGGUUAUGAAGGUCAUGAAAGUCAUAGAGAUUCUGAUGGAGGGAUCCGUAGUUUCAGUUCAAUGGAUGAAAGUGAUGAUGAAGAUAGUAGUGAUGAUGGGGAUAAGGGUGGGGGUAAAGGUGGGGGUAGAGGUACUGGUGGGUGGAAAUACAACGAAAAAGAUCAAUUGAGAGGUGCUAAUAGUGUUAUGUUAGGAUUUGGCAUAUAAUGGGUUAUUUGCUUUAACAAUAUUGUAAUAAUAAUAUUGUUUUUUAAAUAAAUUAAUACUAAGUCAUAAUUUAAUUAUUAAGUUUUAUGUU